UCGACGUCGCGAUGCAUUCCGUCGCAGUCACCCCGAGACAAUAUCAUCGGAACUGGGAUGAUUAAGUUAUCCCAUCGGAUGAAAACGAAACGAGUUAUAAAUCGACAAAUUAACGAGUGAAAAGAAUUUGUUCUUGAGAAUUAUAUUAAAAAAGACGAUCGAACGAACGACCGGUGUCCUGUUUCGAAAGAGAGACAACCGAGGAAAGUUUUGGCGCUGAUUUUUCUGAAACAACGAUUUUUCAAAACGAGGAACGAGAUAAUGAGAGCAACAGAGGAUGCCCUUCUUAUCUUGGGACUGAAUAUACUUGGGAUAAUAACGGCCGCACCCUUAUCGAGUUCGCAAACCGACUGGGAAAAAAGAGAAAAUUUCGCACCUGUUAUCACGUCGGACUGCUCGCCAAAUGUACGAUGCUUAGAAAUGUUACCACUUGAGCCAGUUGCUGCCGAUACGAUCAUUUUACCCGAAGAUACCCCACCGACGAGAAUUCAAACUAGACGACAGAUCACGAAUGCAGGUACUGACUCAGUAUUACAAUCAUGGAAGGAUAGUGUUCCCAUUUUGGAGAGCGAAACUCGACAACUAUUACCGGCCAAACGAGUCUCGAGUAAAACGAUUAAAAAGGAUUCCUUCUUAUCGCAUGGCUGGGGUGCAGGCGGUAUGCCUUUUUCUGUUCUUUACAUGACGCCGCAUGGAUCUAGACUCAAUCAUGCUGCAAGCACCGCAACCGGAACGAGUCAUCAACAAGAAGUUGGAAAAGCGAAUGAAAAUCCUACAGCGCCUUUAACACAACCGAAUUAUCGAGUCGCCGUCAGAACUGGCCCGUCCAUGCAAUCAAGACGACAAUACCCGAUAAUACCUCAGCUCUUUAUAUCGUACGGAUGGGGAACGCUCGGAAAAUAGAUACGGACAUAUACAUUUAGUAGAUAAUUCUGAAGAACACGACUUUGAUCUCAUUACUUUUAAAAUCAUACUACGAUCGCUUCAUAUUUAGAACACUACUGAUUUCAUUCUAUCGUUAAUAUAUAAUCUUUAUAUAGCUGAAUAAUUUAAACUAGUUUGUAAAAUUUAUGUUACAUCUAAUUCUUUGUAGAUAAAUAUGUUAGUAUGAUUUAACAGCGAUGUAAUAAAU